UCGUUAGCCUGCUGCUAGACGAGGGUAGCGUGACCAUUUCUCUCUCUCUCUCUCUCCCCCUUCUCACUCUAUUUUCCCCUUCUCCCUGUCUCCCUCCUCUCUCUCUCCCAGCCUUCUUCUAUGUGUGUAAUCCUCUCGUCGACGUAAGGAUUUUUUUUCUCUUCGUUGAUUAUUCUCUGUGAUCUCUCUUGACGGGAGGACAUUUGCUCAACAUCAUAAAGAUAUCAAGAGUUUGAUGAUUCACAAUCGCAUUCGUCCGUCCGGGGAAGUAAUCAACGGAGGGAGGCAGACUUUUUAUUUCAAACGAAUGCGCGUUAACGAGGAGGCGGCGGGCUUUCUCUUUGUCACUUCGCCAAUCAGAUUUAGCUCGCCCGUGACAUAGCGCUGCCCCUUGGUUUCACACUCGAUAACUGCUUGGAGCCGGGGAACUCCUUUGUCGGUACGCUACACGAAAAUGGACCGCUCGUCUACCAGCUCGCGCAGCAUGUGGAGAAGAUCAUGGAUAAGACGCCAAGGGCUUUUCUGGUAUCUCGCCGGCAUUGGCAUGGUACAGAUCCCGACUAAUUCCCUUUCCAUACCUGGGCGAGAUUUUUGUUCCUUUUUUCUUCUCUUUUCUUUUUUUUUCGCUCUUUUUGAUGUUGAAUUCGGAAAUAGCUGGCGAGCAAUGUGCUGCGUCAAGGAUUUCUUCGGACAGGAAAAACUUGCUGCAGCAGUGGAUGCUGAAAAAAAACACACCUUGCUUGUAUAAAAAAAAAAGCAAAACGAAAAAGUGCACACCUUUUAGGCGAAUGGAGGCGAGUCGUUGAAGGAGGCUUUACUCGCACAGGAAUUUCCUGGAUGAAUCUGAACGCAAUUACGACCGGUUGUGCAUGUCUCUGGGUGCGAUUCCGUCUAGAGAUCAGUUGCAAAAGUCCCAGGUGUGGGACUGGUUUCAGACACCAGCUUCAGGGCAAGAUUCCGAGCCUGUCAAGGUGGCGAAGGAUCGGACACAGCGGAGAAGUACCACGUCGGAAGUUCCACGUAAGCCACGUUCGGUUCUGUCUUCAGCGCCAAAGUCGUUGGAAGCAGCCAAGAGCGGCCGUGAUGUCUCCCCUCUCUCAUCUGGCUUAGGAUUGCUACUCGCUGAGAAGAAAAGUGGGGGAGUAGUUGGGAGCUUGAUGCAAGCUGAGCCGGGAGACAGCGGAAGGAAGGUGCUAGUUCUGCACAACACGGUCGGUGUGACGAGCAACAUUUUGGAUGCGGUGAAGUCUGCAAGCAGCUCAUUGGUGCCUUCUGCUAGUCGGCCGGCGUGGGCUGCGAGUCAUGCCGCUGGAGAAAGUCGAAUGCACGGGCCAGUGGAAAACAUUUUGAUGCCUGUGCGAUUGAAUGCUGACCUGGUUGUCGAACCGCAGCCGAGCUCUGUGAAGAGCUUCGAUAGGUUUUCCAUGACCGACAGUGGGACAAACACACCUGUUUCUAGGUCAUCGGUGAUAUCGAUAGAGAGUUCGUUUACGAUGGAAAGCAGCACGUCCAGCACGGCUCAGCUUGUCAAAGAGGAGGAACUUCUCGAUCCUACAAGUUUGAGGAAGGAGGGCUUCACAUCCGUAAAGGAAGUCGAGGAGCACGAGUCACGUAGCCUACCGAAAGGAGCGGCAAUUGAAUGGAGAGGCAAGUGUCUGAACGAGAGCUUCUCAUCGGUAAAGGAUGUUGAAGAUCACGAGUCACAUGGUAGCUUAUGGAAGGGAGCAGCAACCGAAUGGAGCGGCGAUUAUCUGGUAGCUUCUGAGACCUUGGACAGAGCUGGUUGCCGCAGAACACCCUCUGAGGAUGGCACUGGGGUUGAACAGGAAAGGACGUCUGAUGACGGCGCCGGGAUAGAGGAGCAAGGUCAGGGGACUUCGUGUGAGGGAAGUAACACACUUUCUGAACUUGGCAGCAGGGAUGACAUGUUUCUUGGAGAGCUGGACAAUGGCUGGACUCCGACUCCAUCAGCACCGGAUGAAGGGCCUGGUGAUGAUUGUAGUCUUGAUCGAAUGACUGUGCCUCAGGCAGUCGAUCCACAAACAGCCCUUAAUCAUGGCUCCGUCGGAGGCAGUGGAGGCACUGAGGGGACAAACCAGCUCCGCGAGGGUCCGGCUGACAGCAAUAUAGCUGGUGGUAACUAUUCUGUUUGUGCUUUGGGUGAUGUGAGUGAGGAUGGAGAUGCCAGGUGUGCAGGUCACCCAUGCGCGGAUGGAGAUGGAGGAUACCGCAGGGAGGUGGCGUCUGUUGUCGAAGAAGAUGGGGGAAAGAGUAUUGUGAACGUGGGUGAUAGCUGUGGUGAAAGUAGUACCAGUUAUACAGUUGGUUGCGGUUUUCCAGAUCGUGGCAGGUGCACAAGCGGUCCAUGCAUGGACGGAGGAGAUAAAAGUCUCGGAGAGAGGGUUGGUGUCGUCGAAGACGAUGAGGGGAAGGGUACUUGGAAGGAUGGUGAGAUCUGCGCGGAAAGAAGUUCCCAUGAUAUGAUGAUGGUCACCGAGGAAGAUGUUUGCGGUUUGGAUGUGGCUGGGUGCCCGGAUGAUGGAAGGUCCCAAGAUGAUCAGUGCAUGGAGGGAAGCAAAGGUGAUGAUGAUGCCAAGGUUGAUGGGUUCUGUGCAUGCACAGCUGCUAGUAGUGCUGCUGUGUGCGGAGAGCGUGCCAUUUUCAAUGCCCUGGGCAUAACCGCUCUGCAGGAGGAAGAUAGCAGCAGAGGCAUUGAUGAUCUAUGCAUGGAAGGUGCAGAAGAUGGUGGCAAACUUGGCAUGUGUGAUUACUCUGUCAAUCAGACAGGCAUGAAGGGCAGGGGCGAGACGAGCGAUUUGGUACUAGAACAUGGCAUUGGUGGUCAUCCUCGUUGCAAGGGUGGAAAAUCUUUGGAUCAUCUGGACGGGCUUAUGAUCGCCGAUGACGAUUUUCAGUGCCAAGUUGCAGGAAAGACAGGAUUGGAGGACCGAAUUGGGAAGCGAGAGGAUGGCGUAGUUGACGACGAUGUCCAGGGGGUACUUCAACUGAUAAGGCGCGGCUCUGCCAUCAAGAGCACAGUCGGAGAUCCGUCUGAGGCUGUGGAUGAAAGGCUGUGUAUGGACACAGGUGAUGAUGGGAUGAAAGAGGUAGAUUGUUCAUUGAAGAACAUGCUAAGAUUGGAAGCGCUCAUGGAUGUGGUGGAAGAGACAGAUGAUGGCACAGAGGGAGGCGUAAAAGGAGCUGAAAAGGAGGGAGUUGUCUACCAAGGACAGGUGUUGGGUUCCAGUGAGAAAACAAGCGUUGAGAGCGCUUCAAUAGAACUUGGCCAUCGCAGCAAUCUUCCUGAGAGAGCGGAACAAGCUCUUCCAGAGAAACUGAGUGCUGUGGAGCGAAGCAUGGCAGGCGCGGAUGGCGAACAGCCAACCGAUGUGCCUUGUUUGGAAAGUGAUUGGGAGGGAGGUCACCGCAGUGAAUGUGACUCCCCAAGCGGGGCUUUGCCCAAUUUUCAAGAAUGUACUACUAUUGGAGGAUUGCAGGACUUGGUGGUGGAAGAAAAUGCGACAAGAACAGUGUCAACUCCCUGUCCCUCUCCAGUGACGAUCUCCAGCAUCUGUUCACCGCGUUCUUUUGAUGCCAUUUCUCUAGUGGGCGAUCCAAGCCAGGUAGCAGGAGGAGAAUCUUUGCCUGUGUUUUCGCUGCCCUGCGAUGGAUGUCAAGUGGUAGAAAAUCCGGCUGAACUCGCUGGGAGGGAGCCACACUCAAUGCCCAACUGUGGUGAUACCAUCAGAAGGCUGGAUUUUCAUGCUUCAGGAGGAGAGGUCGAAGGCCAAGGCCAUCACGCAAGAAGCUUGGAGCCGGCCAACUUCUCACGAAAAAAAGAUGUCCUCCCUCUUGCCGGUUCGUCACCAAUUCAAAGUGCACCACUUUUUGGUUCGUCAUGCUUGUCGUUAAUUGAAUGCAAUGAUGCGUCUUUAACUGAAAGCCGAGUAGUGGUGGAAGAGAGUGUGACUGGAGCUGGCAAUCGUAGACCGACUUUGGCAAGGGAAGCGUCAUCUGGGCUAUUAUUAGCCUCACACCCGAGUGUCGCUCAACCCCGCUAUUCGGUGCCAUUGUCACUUUCGGCCAUGUCAUCUCGGAGUGCAGCUCUUCUGGAGGGGUCAGUCCCUGUAGUAAGCCUGACACAAAUGACUAGCCAGACCUUGAUUCCGGUGCCGGUUGCAGAUAGCAAUGAGGUGUGGAGCAAUUUACCGAUCGAUGAAGACGAUAACCGCCCUCAAAGCUGUGUAGCGACAGCACAGUUGCUUGAAUCAGCUCAAUCAUCGCUGCCAUAUUGGUCUUCGAUAGCGACAGCACAGCCGGGCCAAUCCCAAUUGUCGAUACCACAUUGGUCUUCGACGCCGUGUAGUGGGCAAACUGAGACUGCGGCGACAGGUACUGUUUCGGCGGUGGAGAAUUUGGGAUACCGUGAACGUCUAGGCGUGCCACCUGCGGUAGCCUGUUUCGGUGUUUCAGGUGAACCGGAGACGGACAAUUUUUUUCCUCGAGGAACGUUGGUUGCUGAGGCAGAGGCUGGGUUUGAAAGGCAUGGUGAUGACUGUGGUAAUCCUGUGGAGAAACCCUGUGUAUCAUAUCCGCAAGUAAUGGAUCCUGAGAGGAAUACUAGACCAGGUGCAUGUUGUACCAGAAGGACAGCGUGGGAGAGGGAAGUCUACGUAGCGAUGUGUCGCGAAUACACUGAGAACCUGUUCAGACAGCUUGUAAGCCGUCACCUGCAGGAGUACUCGGCCUCAGUCUCUGGUGCAACUCUAUUGCGGAAUUAUAGCAAUGGCGAAGGCUCCAGCAGGGGUGAUAAAGCAGGAAGUUUGGCGGCCAAUCGGAGCGCUGCUGCACAAAUGGCUAGUGCACACGCCUGUCAGCAAAUGGAGUUUCCGGCGACAGAGCCAGAGGCGGUGCAAAAGCAGGGAAUUGUGCUUGGUCCACCCGGAGUCUCAGUUGGAAGGGGGCUUCUACUGGGCCAGCUGUGCCAGGCACUUCCGAGGAACGAACCCAUGCUGGAGUUGAUGGCAACGCAAUCUGCUGGACGUGAGGGAAAUGAUUUGCUGCCUGAUGUGGCAAAAAUACAAGCUGUGGCCUGGGAGAGUGGAUCGGCGUCAACCUCAGCAUUCCAGCGUGCAGAUGGUACGGACGAGCUUCGUCCAGUGAACCGGGAUGGAGGAGGGGGAGGGCAAGUCAGUCCAAAUCGGUCUACGCAGGGAAAGGACCAGGAAGCACUUGGAGAUCUAGGCCUCUUACAGCAAAUCGGUACGGGUGCCGGUCAACACCUUGUUCUGGAUGUAGGUAGCUCGUCAACUAGGGCGGGGGACAUUGAAGAAUGCGUAAUGAGCGCAAACAAGGGGCUGCUUCGCCGGUUGCAGCACCCGGAUGUGGGCAAACGGAUGAUAGUAAAGAACCUGGGAGUGCUGAUGGUGAUGCUGGUCACAGUGGUCCUCUACACAAGAAUGAUUUGCAAGGGUGCAGUUGCGUGGGCCAAGGAACAUCCUAGUAGGAGGAAUGUGCAGCAGUGUAAAGAACAGCCAAGGCCGGAGGAGUCUGUUUGAAAAAAAAUCAAACCAGCUCUGUUCCUUCAGCCCCUGGUUGGUGGUUAUUGCAACAAAAGUUGAACGAACUUCUUGUUGUUGUUAUUGUUAUUGUUGUGUCGAUUCUGUCUUUCUUGUAUUCAUUGUGUGAACAGAUUCACAGUGGCUAGGAAGUUAGUAAACCCCACUUAAACUGUAGGUUGGGGUGGGGGAUUAUUGCUCCUUCACGCAUGUGGGAGAAAUGGAGCUUUUUUUUUGUUUGUUUUAGAGGAAAAGUGAAAAACGUCUGUUUGGGUGAGAGGAGGGCUGGCGUGACUGAACCCUGUUCUGUUUUUCGUGUUUUUUUUGCCCUUUUCCUUUUUUUCUGUUUUUUGUUCACUGUUCAUUAUUUAGAACAGGAGAGUUUUGGUAAGGUAGAAAGGGAGGAGCCGUAACAAGCAUGCAGUGGGGUGUACACUGCAACACUGUGUAGUUGCUUUACAGGGAUGGAUGGCUGGAUGGCUGAGUUUUGGGAACUGGAUGAAUAGGUGGAGUGACAUGCAUGCAUGCAUGCAGAAACAAAAAAAAACACUCAGCCAUUGUUGUGGCAUCCAUGCUCUUCAACCAAUGGACGUUGGCAUCAUCAUCAUGAAAGGAGUUUUUACCUAGUGGUGAGAUUGGGAAGUGAAACUCUUGAAGUCGAUGGAAAGAGAACCAGGUGUGCGGUAAAUGUGGAGGCGGCCCUUCAUGAUCACCAUUAUGUUGUCUUACCCGGCGGAAGUAGACACUUGCCGCAAAAUAGGUAGCAGCAGCAAAAAGUGAACUACACACAUCUUGAGUUUGAACUCGCACAGCUGAGGUUGAACUCUUUGGGCUGUGGAUAGCUCUCUGGAGGGUACAGCAUUCGUUGCUGGUAUAAGUACCAGGUUCUUCCUCCUCGAGGAAGGCACAAGUUUUCAUUAUUGUAUGAUCUCUUUGGUCAAUGGAUUGUCAACUGAAUUGAAUCAUCUCAGGUAAUGGAUCCUCGAAUAAUGUCUGGUUCAAACUCUGUGUUAUGCAUCCUGGAUUGAUCAUCUCGGGUUCGAACUCAGGUUAUGGAUCCUAGAUUGAUCUUUGGUUCAAUCUCAGGUUAUGGAUCCCUGAUUGAUCUGCUUAGGGAUCCUCGACUGAUCUCUGGUUCGAACUCAGGUUAUGGAUCCUUGGUUAUUUAUCUCUUUUUUGUGGAUUCUUGACUGAUCAUCUCUGUUUAUGGAUUCUCGAUUGAUCAUGUCCGGUUAUGGAUUCCCGAUUGAUCAUCUCCGUUUAUGGAUCCUCGAUUGAUCUCUGGCUCAAACUCACGUUGUGCAUUGUCAAAUAGGUGGGUUCGGACUCAAGGUUUUGGAUUGUCAUGGAAGGGCGGCAAAACACAUGGCAUGAAGGUUAAGAGGAGGGAAUACACAUUCCCUGCUCCCUCUGUCAAGAAUAAUGAUAGAUAAGCUCCAAGAUCG